CAUGGCUGGGGAUCUGACGGUGGGCAUCCUCCACAACCUGGUGAUGCCACUGCUGCUGCUGGCCGCCUCGUCGUUCCGUUACAACGGUCUGUCGGUGGUCUACUUCCUCUUCCUGCUGACCCUGCCUCUACUACCUAGCCCCACCCUGGUUACCAUGAAGGGUAAGACGGGGGGCUUCCUCCGGACCGUCGUCUACACCAGCCUGACGUUCCUGGCGCUCCAGUGCUUCAUGCAGAUCCCCUUCGCCUACAUCCCGCGCAGCGACAGCGCUCACUGGGAUGUUGUCCUUUACCAUUUGGGAAUUGUAAGGUUCAGCACGGUGGACCCCGGUAACAUCGUGCGUCUCCUGGCCCCGGACCUCUGCCUCUUCGUCGCCUCGCUCUUCGUCCUGCGGCUGCUGAGGAAGCUGCUGCGCCCCGCGCCCCAAACCGGUCUCCAUGACAACGGCAUCCACCUGUCGGACCCCGAGGGAGCGGAGAACUCCGACACGGAGUCGGAGGGAGGAAGUGACGUCACGGGGGGGUCGUCCUUCGACAGCUCGGACCAGAGCACGGUGGCGGUGAGCUCCGGCCCCCCCGAGUUCGUCCAGAAGCUGCUGGUGUUUGCCGCCGGCAUGAGGCUGCUGCUGUCCGCCAUCAUGACCACGGCGGGGAAGGUGGUGGUGACCGUGCUGCUGGGACUCGCAGGCAUCAUGCUGCCCUCGCUGACCUCCUGCGUGUACUUCCUGGUGUUCCUGGGGCUGGUGUGGUGGUGGGUGUUCCACCGCGCCCUCUCCCUGCUGCUGUUCAGCUCGCUGUGCGUCAUGCUGGCGCUCUUCAGCGGGGGUCACCUGCUGCUGCUCUACCUGUACCAGCUGCCCCUGGCCCAGGCCACCGUCCCGCCCAGCGACGUCUACGCCAGGGUGUUUGGGAUGACGGGGGUGAUCCGGACCAACGCCUCGGAGCCCCACUCCCUGCGGUUGCACCCUGAGGUCUGCUGGCCCGACCUGGGGAGUCCCCUGGUGCUGCUGCUGCUGUACUACACCCUGGUGGCGCUGCUGCACCGAUGGGUCCCCCUCACCGGCCAGGAGUGUGAGGAGUCGGUGGACUAUGAGGACGACUGUGAGAGCCCACUGGACCCCAACUCUGACCUCCCCCCCAGCUUCUCCAGGAUCCUCUAUGUGGCUGGGGACAAGCAGGAGCUGCUGACCAGUACAGACGAGGAAACCUAUCUUCCCGAUGAGCCAAUGGUGUUGCUGCUGGGCAGCUCUUGGCAUGAUCUCCAUAGCAACGAGCUGGGCUCUCUGCUGGGAGGGGCGGGCUACACCAACUGCUACACCCCACCUCUCUACGACGAGAAAGAGUCUCCGUCGCCAGCGUCGCCAGACGAGCUCCAGGGCGGGCAGCCAGGGUCCGAGGAGCCCUGCAGUCCCGGCACGGGGCCCGGUACGGGGCUGGGGUCCGAGGGCCCGGCCCCCCCCCCGACGGGCCCCGGGGGCCUGGCAGUGGUCGGGCGGCUGCUGCAGAAGCACAGCUACGUCAGCGGCCUCAUCAUCAUGAUGAUCUGGAGCAUCACCUACAACAGCUGGCUGACCUUCGCCCUGCUGGUGUGGUCGUGCAUCAUCUGGAUGAUGCGGGACCGCCGGCGCUACGCCAUGCUGUCGGCGCCCUUCCUGGCCGUCUACGGCACCGUGCUGCUGGUCCUGGGCUUCGUCAGCGCCCUGCGCCUCCGCCGCGACGAGCUCUACCCCGGCCUGCCGCUCGCCGUGGUCGGGGACUUCGACCUCAACAGCUACCACCCCGCGCCCUGCGUGCACCUGGCCGCUAAGAUCUUCUACACCUUCAGCUUCUGGCUGAUGCUCCGGCAGCAACUGCAGGAGAUCCACGAGCAGAAGAUGAUGAAGGCCGAGUCCCUGGACGAAGUCAAAGUCCUCUCAUCGGAGGAGGAGCAGCCCUCCCCCCUGGUGGCCAUGCUGGUCUCCGCCGUGAAGGGGCUCCUGGUCAAGUACUGGAUCCUCUUCUGCUGCUCCAUGUUCUUCGUCAUCAGCUUCUCCGGCAAGGUUGUGGUCUACAAGAUCCUCUACAUCGUCCUCUUCCUGCUGUGUGUUGUGCUGUACCACGUCCGGUACGACGUCUGGCGGAGGAUCCUGAAGACCUUCUGGGCGGCGGUGGUGGGCUACUCCAUGUUCGUGCUGAUCGCCAUCUACAUGUACCAGUUCAGGACCGUCUCCGGGCUGCUGCAGGCCAUCCCGGGCAUGUCCGAAGAAGGGCUGAGGGACCUGGGCCUGGAACGUUACGACACGGUGGAGCUGUUCCCCCGCAUCCUGCUGCCCGCCGCCUUCCUGCUGGCCUGCAUCCUCCAGCUGCACUACUUCAACGACGACUUCCUGUCCCUCACCGACCUCCACAACGUCCCCAUAAGACACGUCCCCAGAGAGGUGGAGCUGAAGGGUUCGAUGGAUGUGAUAACCGAGAUCAUUAAAGAAAACCUGGAAAAGUUGAAGAAAAGGCUGGCGCAGGAGCAGAUGGACGGACGGAGCCAGGAGACCCUGGACAGCGUGGGCCUGUCCUCCUGCACCGACCGGGCCUCCACCCAGGAGAAAGGGCCCUCCUGCACCGACCGGGCCUCCACCCAGGAGAAAGGGCCCUCCAGCACCGAGGACCCCUGGGGGCUGAUGGUGGACCGGGCGGGCCGGCUGCUGUUCCAGGGCCUGGCCGGCCUCCACAGGGUGCAGGUGAUGGCCUGGAGGCUCAUGGAGCUGCACAGCCUCAAGAUCGUCUCCUCCGGCAUCAUCUGGGCCUCCCUGCAGGAGGUCUCCCUGAUGAACUUCGUCUUCCUGGUCCUCUGGGCCUUCGCCCUCCCGUUCCCACGGUUACGGCCCGCAGCCUCCAACGUGUCGGCCGUGUGGGCGUGUGUCAUGGUGGUGUGCAAGAUGUUCUACCAGCUCAAGGUCAUCAAGCCCCUGGACUUCUCCUCCAACUGCACCGCCGGCCUCGGCCCGUCCAACAGCUCAGGAGGAGCGGACCCGGGCGGGGAGAUGAGGGCCAACAUGGUGGAGCUGCUUGGCCGCUCGCUGCUGUACCUGGAGCCCGUGGACCCCGUGCUCUGGUGCGGCGCGCUGCGCAAGUGUGAGGGCCGCAUCCUGCCCUGCCUCCGGAACCACCUGAUGGUGCUGGGCCUGUUGGUGUUCGAGGCCACAGUGCACCGCCACCAGCUGUACUACCGGCUCCGCAACGACCUGAAGGCCCACCACUUCAGCGUCAUCUUCCCCGGCGUCGGCCGGCAGCACCUGGACCACGGCGUGGUGCCCUGCCUCAAGUACUUCAUCAACUUCUGCUACUACAAGUUCGGCCUGGAGAUCACCUUGGUCGUGGCGGUCAACGUGGUCGGCCAGAGGAUGGACUUCUACGCCCUCCUCCACUCUUGCGCCCUAUUGGCCGUCCUCUCCCGGAGGCGGAGGAAGGCCAUCGGGGAGGUGUGGCCUAAGUACUGCUGCUUCACGGCGGGCCUGGUGGUGCUGCAGUACCUGCUCUGCGUCGGGAUCCCUCCCGCCCUCUGCGUCGACUACCCUUGGAGGACUGCGCUCCGGCCUCUGACCUCCAACGUCAUCAAGUGGUUCUUCAUGCCCGACUUCGCCAUGAGGCCCAACCCGUCCUUCAUCCUCUACGACCACCUGCUCCUGCUGUGCUCCUCCCUGCAGUGGCAGGUGUUCGAGGAGGAGAACCGGGCGGCCGUGCGCCUCCUGGCCGGGGAGAACGUAGAGAUCAGCCGCAGUCUGGACCCGGGCUGCAUCAACCAGUUCAUACCGGUCGACAACUUCCUGCACUGCAGGUCCUACCUGGACAUGGCCAAGGUGUUCAUGUUCAGCUACUUCUUCUGGCUGGUGCUGUGUCUGAUCUUCAUCACCGGGACCACGCGCAUCAGCGUCUUCUGCCUGGGCUACCUGGUGGCCUGCUUCUACUUCAUGCUGUUCGGGAGCAGCCUGCUCAUGCAGCCUGUUCGCCACGUGCUGCGGCUGUGGGACUGGCUCAUCGGCUACACCUGCCUGGUCAUCGCCAUGAAGAACCUGCUGUCUCUGGGUUCCUGUGCCUACCUUGACAGCCUGUUGAGGCGCGGCUGCUGGCUCAUCCAGGCCUUCAGCAUGUUCUGUACCAUCAAGGGCUACAACGUCCCGGAGCCCGAUGACGACUGUGAGCUCCCGGAGGGCGAGGCGGGCAUCGUGUGGGACGCCAUCUGCUUCACCGUGCUGCUGGUGCAGAGGCGGGUCUUCCUCAGCUACUACUUCCUGUACGUGGUGUCGGACCUCAAGGCCUCCAAGAUCCUGGCCUCCAGGGGCGCCGAGCUGUUGGAGGCCAAGAUCAAGAAGCAGGUGGCGGCCCGCCUGGAGCUGGAGCAGAAGUCGGUGGAGACGCUGAAGAAACAGAUGGAGAAGAUCAAGUCCAAGCAGAAGCCUCAGACCCCGAGCAAGGAGCUGCCCGCAGCAGAGCUGGUGCUGCCUGAUGUUAAUGACGUUGAUGACAAGUCCAAGAUGGACGCCGGGAAAUGGUGGAAGCCCUGGGUCUCUACUCCUGGAGUGGAAAACAACUGCGGCUAUCACCUCUUUGAGAGUGACAGUGAAGAUGACGAGGAGGAAGAGCAGGAAACUAAAGAGGAGGAGAAGGCGGCGCCGAAGAAGAAGACAGCCUUCCAGUUGGCCUACGAGGCCUGGGUCACCAGCUCCAAGACGGCCCUCAGGGACCUGAACAAGGAGAAGAAGAAGAUGAAGAAAGAGGAGAAGAAGAGGGCCAAGAGGGAGCUGGCGGAGCAGCAAGGCCUGGAGAGAGCCGACUCCAGCGAGGACGAGCUGGAGGAGAGCUGUGAGGAGCAGGAGGAGGAGAAAGAGAACGUGUUCCAGCGCGCGCUGAGCACGCUGAGCUUCCUGUGGGCCUUCCUGCUCUCUCUGCUGGAGGACAUGACGGCGGGACUCAACAACUUCUGCAAGGACAGCCUGGACAUCUCCCAGGUGCUGCGCUUCGAGAGAGCCCUCCUGGGCCAGCAGCAGAAGAAGGGUCGGGAGGUGAGUCAGGAUAGCGUGAGGAAGUUCUACGACACGUGGCUGUCCCGUCAGACCACCAUGUCGUCCCAGGACGACCUGGACGACAGCACGCCCCCCCCCGCCUCCCCCCCCUCCCCCGCCUCCCCCCGGGCCCACAACAAGCUGAGGACCGCCCGGGCCAAGAUGUCCUGGGGCAGCAGCCUCUCCAGCUGUGCCACGGAGGAGACCCUGCUGGGGUCCCGUCAGCCCACCCAGGAGGAGCUGGACGACCCCCCCUGGCCCCAGCCGACCGCCGACCUGCUCCGCCGGAGGCUGCUGAAGACCCCCCGCAUAGACCUGGGCUCCCCGGAGGACGAGGACGGCCCCCCCAGUGUUCCAGGGGAUGUUUCCCAAACUGAAGGGGAAAGUCGACAAGAGGAGGAAGAGGAAGAGGAGGGGAACAAAGAGCUGGAGAAGGAAGGUGAGGAAGAGGACGACAAAUCGGAGCACCGUGACGAAGAGGAGGACAAAUCGGAGCACCGUGACGUAGAGGAGGACAAAUCGGUACGAUGUGAGGAAGAGGAGGACAAAUCGGAACGAUGUGAGGAAGAGGAGGACAAAUCGGAACGAUGUGAGGAAGAGGACGACAAAUCGGAGCACCGUGACGAAGAGGAGGAGAAAUCGGAGCACCUCGACGAAGAGGAGGACAAAUCGGAGCACCGUGACGUAGAGGAGGACAGAUCGGAACGACGUGAGGAAGAGGAGGACAAAUCGGAACGAUGUGAGGAAGAGGAGGACAGAUCGGAACGACGUGAGGAAGAGGAGGACAGAGAGGUGUGGUUUGAGGUGGUGAAGAUCCGUCUCCAGGCGUUGGAGGAUGAGGAGCAAACGGGGGAAAGACCGGAGUACCACGAACGGCUUUACCCAGAAUGCACCUCGCUGGACCUCAGAGACUCCGUGGAGGAGAAAAGCUUUGAUGUCCCAGAAUCCCCCAGGCCCCUGAGUCAGGAGACCAGGAACCUGACGGCCAGCGAGCUGCUGCUCAACAACAUGUUCGAGAACGACGAGAUCUCCGAGUCGGACAAGUUCUUCACUCAGCUGCCGCAGCACCUGAAGCUGGCCUUCGCCCUCUACAACACCAUGGUGUCCCAGUCGGAGAUGCUGUGCUACUUCGUCAUCAUCCUGAACCACAUCAUGUCCGCCUGCAUGCUGUCCCUCAUCCUGCCCAUCCUCAUCUUCAUGUGGGCCAUGCUGUCCGUGCCCCGGCCGUCCAAGCGCUUCUGGAUGACCGCCAUCAUAUACACAGAGCUGACAGUGGUGGUGAAGUACUUCUUCCAGUUCGGCUUCUUCCCGUGGACGACGUCGUCGUACCGCGGCAUCAACGCCGACCGGCCCUUCGCCAUGCCCAACAUCAUCGGCGUGGAGAAGAAGGACGGCUACGUGCUCUUCGACCUCAUCCAGCUCCUCGCGCUCUUCUUCCACCGCUCCAUCCUCAAGUGCCACGGCCUCUGGGACAACAAGGAGGUGGAGAUGCCCGACUUCUUCAAGAAGAUGCAGAAGAAGGUGGAGAAGAAGAAGCAGACGGGCAACGCGGAGCGGGCGGGCGACCAGGGCGGGGGGGGGGGGCGACGGCGCCGGCUGGGGUCUCUCUUCCGCCGCCGGCCCAAGGACUCCGGGGGCUCCAGCGAGGGGAAGCCGAAGAAGCAGCCGACCAAGAAGAAGCGCUCCCACAAAGCUCCGCUGACCCGGAAGCAGAGGAUCAGGCAGCAGAUCAGCAAGAGGAUGCUGAUGGUCAAGGCCGGCGUCGUUGAAGUUGCUCUGAACAUCUACCUACCCAUCAGGCAGUUCUUCUAUGACAUCAUCCACCCGGAGUACAGCCCAGUGUGUGACGUCUACGCCCUCAUGUUCCUGAUCGACGUCGUCAACUUCAUCGUCACCAUAUAUGGUCACGGGGCCUUCGGGAAAUACAGCGGUGCGGUGGACUUCACGGAGUCGCUGUCGGAGGACACGGUGCCCGAGGCCUUCCUGGUGAUGCUGCUGCUGCAGUUCGGCACCAUGAUCGUGGACCGCGCGCUCUACCUCAAGAAGUCCCUGCUGGGGAAGUGCGUGUUCCAGGUGGCGCUGGUGUUCGGGAUCCACUUCUGGAUGUUCUUCAUCCUGCCCGGGGUCACCGAAAGGAGGUUCAACAAGAAUCCCAUCGCCCAGCUGUGGUACUUUGUCAAGUGCAUCUACUUCGGACUGUCGGCCUACCAGAUCAAGUGUGGCUACCCCAACAGUGUCCUGGGCAACUUCCUCACCAAGAACUACAACUACAUCAACCUCUUCCUCUUCCAAGGGUUCCGGAUGGUUCCGUUCCUCACGGAGCUGCGGGCGGUGAUGGACUGGGUCUGGACCGACACCACGCUGUCCCUCUCCAGCUGGAUCUGCGUCGACGACAUCUACGCCAACAUCUUCAUCCUCAAGUGCGGGAGAGAGUCGGAUAAGAAGUACCCCCGCGUCCUCGGGCAGAAGAGGAAGAGGCUGGUGAAGUACGGGAUGGGAGGCUUCAUCAUCUUCGCUCUCAUCAGCAUCAUCUGGUUCCCGCUCCUCUUCAUGUCAUUGGUCAAGUCCGCGGCCGGGGUGACCAAUCAGCCGCUAGACGUCUCCCUCCAGCUCAGCAUAGCAGGAUAUGAGCCUCUGUUCUCAAUGAGCGCCCAGGAACAGAACCUGGUGCCGUACAAAGAACCGGACUUUGUGCGACUCACCAACAUUUACGCGACGCAUCCAGCCUCCAUGCAGUUCAUCAUGAACUACGAGGCGGAGGACUUCGUGCUCGCUAAGAUCAAGAGCGACGCCAGCCUCAUGUGGACCAUCAGCCCCGCCAGCCGCGAGGCCAUGAUCCGCGAGCUCAGUAGCUCCCCCUACUUCUACAUGACCCUGCGAUGGACCCUCCUCAGGAAUGCGACUCUGUCCGAGAACGUGGAGUCGAUCGGGGAGCACACGGUGAAGUAUCUGAACAGCACCCUGAGAGACAGUAUCGUUCAGAUGCUCAAAGGAUCCAGCCAGGAGCCCGUGAUCAUUCAGUCCCUUCUGCCAAAGUUCAUCAGGGGGCCCAAAGGGGUCGAAUCCAAGAUGGCCACCCGGUUGAAAGUCGAGCACUCCGAGCGGCCUGACGACACCAGAUCGCUGGGCUUCUUCCGGCCGCUGUCGCUCCGCCUGCAGCGGGUGAACGGCAGCCAGGAGAAGGCGGACCAGUGGUGGAGCGUGGAGGAGUGCGUGCCGGGGCCCGACCUCUCCGCCCGCGACUGCAAGGGCAUCGAGAUGGUGGUGAUCAACGAGAAGGUCAGCCCCUCCAGCCUGGGCUUCCUGGCCGGUCACGGCAUCGUGGGGCUGUACAUGUCCGUGGUCCUGGUGGUGGGCAAGUUCAUCCGGGAGUCCUUCAGCGGCAUCUCCCGCUCCAUCAUGUAUGAGGAGCUGCCCUGCGUGGACCGCGUGCUCAAGUUGUGCACCGACAUCUUUGUGGUGCGCGAGACGGGCGAGAUGGAGCUUGAGGAGAUCAUGUGUGAGAAGCUCAUCUUCCUCUACCGCUCGCCAGAGACAAUGAUCAAGAUGACACGCGAGAGGGAAGACGGCUGAGAGUGUGGCGUCGGUGGUGGGGUGUUGAGGAAGACAUUGCAGCCUCACAGGAGUCCCUGAUUUAGUCCUCGCCGUGGCAACGAGGAACGUCUGACAGUGAGGGGCCAGUGUGUAACGGUGGUUGAGCAGUGUUUUUUAUGGGUUGAAGCUUUAUUUCAGAUGACUUUUAAGGGCACUAGGUCACAUCCUGUGGAUUCAAACAAAUGGGGUUACCUCUUAACAUUAGGCCCACCUAGCACUGACGAGGGUCAAAUGAAGCCACGAGAUGCCCUGAAGAUGGUGGUCAUCUUCAACAGCAUGCCAUGUAAGGAAGUAUUACGUUAUUGAUUAUAAAUUAUGGUGUUCAUCAAAUCAAAUGUUUCAUUGUCUAUACAGGGAUUAGAUCUAACAAAAAUGUCACUCAUUGAAUUAUAAAAUAAAUUAGAUUGUAUGUUCUCAUACCAAACAUAACUGCAAAUAACGUUGAAUGUUGAAUGACCAUGAUGCUCCAUUUGGAAAUCGUUGGUAUGGUUGAUUUCUAUUAAAAUGUGAGAUUGUCAUGUAAUGGAAAGAAACGGAUACCAUGACACUGCAAUAGUUUGUAUAUAAUUGUAUCAUUGGACCAACAGAAUACGUCUCAGUUUGAGGUCAGUCCUCUUGAGUUUCUAUUCACUGCUCCAAUUUAUUGUCAUAGUGUAGUGUUUACUGCCUCAUGCCCUUAACCAGAAUUAAGUUAGACCACGCUCUGCAAAGGAAAUCUUAGAUUGCUUGGUACCGGCAGGACGACAAUUACAUAUUGUACUGUAAUAGAAAGCACAGAAAAGUUCAUUAAGCGACAGCCGAUGUUUAAGCAUUUCUCCCACCGCUGCACAAUGCAUGCAUUUCAGGGCUGUCGACCGUUUAUACAAAUGUACAUUUUUCACACGUUGACCAUCCUACCUAGUGCUCUGAAGGAGAAGUGAAAUCAAACAGAACCCCGUCUUCCCGUUUGGAGAGGACUUCAUCCGCUUACGAUUUCUGACCAUGAUGUAAAUACCAGUUUCGUAUUUGGUACAUCUCACUGCUGCCUCCAAGAAAUUACUCGUUUAAUUUGUAUUUAAAUAAAAUCUUGA